AUGAACGGUCGCAGGCUCCCCGGCGCAUUUUUGCGUAUAUGCUUGAUAGUUCUAUUAUAUGGAGCAGAGAUAGCUAUCGCGCAGGGAGAUGGGGCAAGUAACAACAGAUUUAUCAAUCCACCGGCCGCCAAUUCGGCUGAGAAUCCCGUCUGGGUCCUUGGGGAGCAGCAAGUGAUCUCAUGGAUGACAACCUGGACUACGUUCAACAUAUCUAUUUGGCAUCAGAGUCUCGGGGAGGAAACAGCAUAUAGUUUGGGUGAUAUCUAUACCCAGAUUCAGGACAUCGGAGUCACAAAUUUUACAUGGAAGGUACAAACAUACGGCGCCAAACUUGAAGACUCGCCCAUAUUCUUUUUCUGGAUCAACGCCAAUCCGACAAGUUCGGGAUUCAGACUCACAUCAAAUUACUUUAAUAUCACCGACAAACCACGGGCCACGAGUACUUCAACUUCCAACUUCUACAUCCGAAUCCAAAUCAACAAGCUCAUCAACAAGCACUACUACAUCUGCUCCAUCAGAGACCUCAGCCACCGAGACCUCCCAAGCAUCGUCGUCUAA